AUGGUCAUGAUGUGCACCUACUUGACCGGCCAGUUGCCAUUCAAGGAGGUCUAUCUGCACACCAUUAUCCGCGACAAGGAGGGUCGCAAAAUGUCCAAGUCGUUGGGCAAUGUCGUUGAUCCAAUGGAUGUUCGCAAUGGCAUUACACUCGAGGACCUGCAUGAGCGGCUUCUUGAGGGCAACCUUGACCCCGCCGAGCUUGAGCGUGCCAAGGAGGGUCAGAAGCGCCAGUUCCCCGACGGCAUCAAGGAAUGUGGUGUCGAUGCGCUUCGCUUUGCACUGUGUGCGUUUGCCCAACCGGGCCGUGACAUCAACUUGGAUGUGCAGCGCAUCGUGGGCUACCGCAACUUUUGCAACAAGAUCUACAACGCCGUGAAGCUGGUCAUGAUGCAGCUUGGCGAUGACUACAAGCCUUUGGCCUGGGAUGCCAAGACCAAGAACGAGUCGACCGAGGACCUCUGGAUGUUGAGCCGCCUCAGCGCCGCCAUCACCACCACCAACCAGUGUCUGUCGGCAUACGAUUUCCCGGGGGCCACCACUGCCGUAUACAACCUCUGGCUGUACGACUUUGCCAACAACUACCUGGAAAUGAUCAAGCCCGUCUUCCGUGGCUCGGACGCAAAGCGUCAGACAGCCGUGCGCAACGUUCUUUUCAAGGUUGUGGAUAAUGGUCUACGCUUGCUGUCGCCCUUCAUGCCAUUCCUAACGGAGGAGCUCUGGCAGCGUCUCCCCACUUGCCGUGGCGAAAAUGACCUGGUUGACCCGCCAUCCAUCACUGUGGCCGCUUUCCCCGUGACGGGCAGCUUCAGCAACCCCAAGAUUGAAGCGCUCAUCAACUUUGUGCUUGAGACCGUCAAGGCCUCCCGUCACAUCAAGCAAGAAUAUCUGCCUGCUAGUGCCAAGCCCGAUGUCUACCUGCGCCCCAUUGAUGAGGACGCCUACCACACUCUGCAGCAGUUUGAGGAACUUAUGUCCACGUUGAUUGGUGCUACAGCGCGUGUUUUGCCUGUUGGAGACCCUGUGCCCAAGGGCUGCGCUUUGGAGGCCACCUCAGAUGUUGAAGUGCACCUCAUGGUCAAGGGCUUGGUGGACCCCCAACAGGAGAUUGAAAAGCUGGAGAAGAAGUUGGCUGGCGUGCAGGAGCGCUUGAGCAAGAUUGAGAGCGAUGAGCAGCAGGAAACCUACUUGACCGCUGUGCCCCAGGAGGUGCGCGAUGCCAACUCGAAGAAGAAAGCCGACCUCCAGACCCAGCUCGAGGUUAUGAGCACUGGCAUCAAGCGCUACCAGUCCCUUUUGGAUUAA